UGUUAUCAGUUCAAUACAAAUGUAAAGAAAAAAAUAAAAAUUUAUUAAAUUACAAUGUAAACAAUUGUUAUAGUUAGUUUCUCUUAACAAAAAUUUUAAUACUGUACUUGAGAGUGACAAUGUUGGUUACACAAAAUUUGUCACUUAAUUUAAUUAAUAAAAAAAUAUUAAAAUGAUCACACAAUUGAUUAAGGUCUACGUAGUUUUCAUAUGAAAUACUAUCUGUCACCCCGCGCCGCAUGUUUAGUUUUAAUCAAAUGUAUAGUAGACGGUAGUGUUUAGUAGUAUACUCUUCUUUAGAACGUUCAGACUAGACAGAUAGUUCUGUUACUGAUACGGUUAGCGAUAGUUGUCGUACACACUAGUGAUAAUGAAUUUAUUAAAGUUCUUCUACUACUUUGCCACAAUAUGUGUUCUGCUGAUGCAAGUGGAAACAAAACGUAUUCUGGGAAUAUUUCCACAUUUCGGCUACAGUCAUUUCAAAGUCUUCUAUCCCUUAUUGCAUAAUUUGUCGGAGAGAGGUCAUAAUAUUACAGUGAUUACCUAUAUAAAAGCUACCACACUGCCCAAGGGAAAUUAUGAAGAAUUAUUGCUGAAAGGCAUGGAAGUGGUAAAUGUGGUGCCUUUGGAUGAGAUGAAAGAGAGAACUUGGAAAGGUUUAUUUGAUGAAUACAUUGCUUUACAUGAUGAGGGUCAAGAGUCAUGUAAACGUCUCUAUGAAAGUGGACACAUAGAGGAAGUAUUAAAACGUCAUAAGAAACAGCCCUAUGAUCUAGUUAUCACCGAAUAUUUUAACUCUGACUGUCAAUUAGCAUUGCCUUAUUUAAUGAAAACCCCAGUUGUGGCCCUGAGCAGUUGUCUUCUAAUGCCCUGGUAUUAUGAUCGUAUACUAAUGCCCGAUACACCUUCAUAUGUGCAAUCAGAAUUUGUGGGUUUUCGUACUCCCCUCAACUUUAAUGAACGUUUAAUGAAUUUUGUGCAAGCAAAAGCCUUAUCUCUACUCUAUCGUUACUAUACCAAUUACCACGAUAACAAAUUGAUUAAACAUUAUCUAAAUAUUGAUAUUGAUGUAGCUCAGAUUGCUAAACAAAAUACCCGUUUAAUAUUUGGAAAUCAACAUUAUUCCUUGAUGGGUAUUAGACCAACUACACAACAAUUUGUUGAAAUCGGUGGCAUACACAUUAAAGAUGAGGAAAUAAAUAAAGUUUUACCCAAGGAAGUUGAUUCGUUUUUAGAAAAUUCAAAAGGAGAUGUUCUAUUUAUAAGUUGGGGUUCUAUGAUUAAGGGAUCAACUUUGGAUGCUGACAAAUUGAAGGCAAUUUUAAAUAUUUUAACAAGACUCGAUAUAAAUGUUAUAUGGAAAUGGGAAUCUAAUGAAACUCCUAUUAAAAGUGAUAAGUUUUUAUUUAUAAAGUGGGCUCCUCAAUUAUCGUUGAUAUGUCAUCCAAAAGUAACGCUAUUCUGGGGACAUGGUGGUCUCUUAAGUACCUCAGAGGCUGUGUAUUGUGGCAAACCAAUGCUUAUAACUCCUAUAUACGGUGAUCAAUUUGUUAAUGGUUUUGCUGUGGAAAAUCGAAAAAUUGGACGCAUUAUUAAUUUUAAUGAUAUUAAAGAGAAAAUACUUAAUGAAGAACUAACACAACUACGACAUCCCAACUAUGCCACCAAAGCUUUGGAAAUAUCUCAAGUGUUUCGCCAACGUGAAUCACAACCUCUUGACACAGCCACCUGGUGGGUUGAACAUUUAUUAGAACACAAAGUCAGUGAAGAGGUUUUACACUCAUAUGCUGUUGAUUUAAAUUGGUUUGUUUACUAUUCAUUGGAUGUGAUUGCUUUAUUAUUAGCAGUUUUAUUUGUAUUUAUUUUUAUAACAAAACGUUUAUUGCGUUUAAUUUUGCAUAGACCUGUUAAUGUUAAAUAUGUUAAAGUUAAACAAAAUUAGAUUAUUUAUAAAAAUUUAAAUUUAGUAUUGGAACAUGACAAUACGACUGUUUGUGCCUUCAUAUUAAUUGGUCAACAAUUUUUACAUAUAAAUGUAUAAUACUCAGGUAAAUGUAAUUUUUAAUAAAAUUUUAUAUAAUUUUAUAU